AUGGGCCGCCUGCUGGCCCUGACCCUCGCCUACCUGGCCCACCUGCUGGCCGCCGCCAUCGCCUCGGAGCGCCAACAGCACCGCGUGCAGCACGGCCCGUGCAGCUACACCUUCGUCCUCCCCGAGGUGGAGCACUGCCAUCCCCCGAAGGACUUCCAGGUCACCAACACCCUCCAGAGGGACUCGCCGCCCGAGCCCGAGCCCGAGCAGGACCCCAGCCAAUCCAGGCCAGGUAAGGCCCAGAGGGAGAGGUCUUCCUCGCAGGAGAAGAAGCUGGAGAGUCUGGAGAGUGCCAUGGAGAAUAACACCCAGUGGCUGCAGAAACUGGAGAACUUCAUCCAGGAGAAUGUGCGCUCUGGGAUGGAGGAAAUAAAGCGUAGUGCGGUCCACACCCAGACGGCCGCCAUGCUCGAGAUGGGAACCAACCUCCUCAGCCAAUCAGCGGAGCAGACUCGCAAACUGACAGACGUGGAGACUCAGGUGUUAAACCAGACAAGUCGCCUGGAGAUCCAGCUGCUGGAGUACUCGCUCUUCACCAACCGGCUGGAGAAACACAUUCUCCUGCAGACUCAGGAAAUCUCACGGCUCAGCGAGAAGAACAGUUUUCUGGAACAGAGGCUCUUGGCGCUGGAGGCUCGGUCCGGGAGGGAGCGGCAGGGCCUGCAGAGCGAGAAGCAGCAGCUCCAGGAGCUCGUGGAGAGGCAGGGUCGCCUGGUGGGUCAGCUGCAGGGCGACCUGGGCAGCUCCACGCUCAACAGCACCGCGCUGCAGAGGCAGCAGGCCUCACUUACCGACACCGUCCAGCAGCUGCUGGCCAUGGUCAACCACUGCAAUGAAAUCUCCAGUUCGCCCAAAGAGGAGUCGCUUGGUUUCAGGGACUGCACGGAGAUCCUGCGAUCCGGAGUGACAGCGAGUGGAAUAUAUAGCAUUCUCCUCCCCAACUCCAGCCAGACUGUGAAGGUGUUUUGUGACAUGAAGACGAGAGGUGGGGGGUGGACGGUGCUGCAGCGUCGGACCAACGGCUCCGUCAGCUUCCACCGCGGCUGGAGGGACUACAAAAUGGGCUUCGGGGAGCCGUCUGGGGAACACUGGCUGGGAAAUGAUAUCAUCCACAAGCUGACGAGCUCCCAGGAAUACGGUCUGCACGUCCAGCUGAGAGACAGAGAGGGGAACGAAGCCUUCUCCCAUUACGAUCGCUUCUACAUAGACGGAGAGAACCGCAACUACAGUCUGCACGCCGAGGGCUUCAGUGGCACAGCUGGACGGACCAGCAGCCUCACCCACUCUGGCACCCAAUUCAGCACCAAGGACAGAGACAACGACCAAUGCACCUGCAAGUGUGCACAGCUGGCGUCAGGAGGUUGGUGGUUUGAGGCGUGUGGCCCGUCCAACCUGAAUGGCAUGUACUACCCGGCCUCGUCCAGCGUGGUUCGCUACAAUGGCAUCAAAUGGUACUAUUGGAAGGGUCCAAAUCUGAGGGCCACUAUGACAACCAUGAUGGUGCGGCCGGCAAACUUCUGAUGGCGAGGCCCGUUCAGGAUGUCGGUCACCUCAAGUGGAUAUCACGGAUAAUGCCCAGAUAAUGGGGUAUUGUUGGAGGAAUCAGACAACUCAGCUUCUGGACAUCUUGGAUGGGUGUUUAGGAACUGCCUGAGGACACACAAACUCUCAGCAGGACUGUUUGGGAGAUUCGCGAGUGAAGAAUUCCACAAAAAAAGGUGCCAAGACUAUAUUUUAAUAAGAACUUUUGCUGAGAGUCCUCAGCUGAGAGAGGAAGGACAUAAAGUGUAUGAGCUUGGCUACCGAUGAGAACUUAUCACAAGGACACAAAUCUAAUUCUGCAGUUACACAUUACCAGA